AUGCCAGUCGUGAGUUACCGACUGUUGCCUCUGUUGCGUUGUACUCGACCGAAUUGUCCCAAGUUUGGACGUGCACUGUGGACAUGUGCCAUUCAGUCGCCCUCCAGCACAAACGCAAGCAAUUAUUCGACAUCGUCACAGAAGCCUUCAGAUCCUAACAAUGAGGAGAACAACGUUGUGGAAGUGUACGAUGUUCCACAUGAUCAGCAAUGGGAAGAAAAUCCCGAAUUCGACUACACCACACAAGUGAUUCCGGCUGUAUACGAUUUUGUUACUCCGAAAGAAUGUUUUGAACUGAAUGAACUACGUUUAGUUUUAAAACAGGAAAACAUUCAGGACUUGGUAUUUUUACAUCUUCCCCCGAAUCAUGUGGCCGAGAUUAUGGUCAUCGGAAGUGGGACUUCUGCGAAGCAUGUGCGCUCCACAGCCGGGCUCAUCUACCGAAUUCUGAAAUACAAACGUCGGUCGAGUGCGCUAGGUCUUCCCAAGGUCGAAGGUCUCGAGGGAUCUGGCGAUUGGAUAGCGAUUAAUUUGGGCAACAUACUACUGCAUUUGUUCUUGCCUUCUGUGAGGAUGUACUACAACCUGGAGUCCCUGUGGGUCGCCGGUCCACGAUUUGACGAGGCCACCCAACUGAUGCGUUCGCAAGCAGAUUCUGAUCAGUCCGAUGUACAACGGAAGGAUGUAGAUUGGGAAGAAAUACUUCGUGAAGUGCAACAACAAACCCGAAUGUCCGCUAACCGGAAUGUACCGUCAAACAAAAGCUUAAACCAAACAGGAGUUAGUGACUAG